AUGGUGAAUUUAAUCAGGAUUCGAAAAUACACGAUUGCAAUAGCAUCGACAGCCCUUGUCUUGCACACUGCACUGCGGAUCAUUGGGUUUAACGAGAGCAAGUUUGCCCAGAAUGCCGGGGUUUGGGUUACUCGAUAUAGGCGAGCAGCCACAAUCACCUUGCACGGCAUUUACAACCAAGAACCAGGCACCGCCUCUUCCGAAAUCAGGGUCCAUGAAAGACACUCACCUGAUUUGGAAAUAGUAGAUCUUUACGAUUGGGAAUUGGAGUGUAUCAAGGAGGGGGCUCUCAUGGUGCGUUCGAAUGAAACCUCACGCAGCAAACAUCGAAUGCAGGUGGGGAAGUGCGACCCGCCGCCUGAGCUUGUCACUGAUUGCUGCGAAAGCCCAUUCUCAAGUGCUGGAACGGUAGUCAAUGUUGCUUUUCAAAAGUGUGGUCGAGCAUCGCAUGCGUGGUUGCACCAAAACGGCUCUCUUCAACAACACGCUCGAGAGUUUUUGGCGGAGAUGCCGCUGCCCAUUGCUACCGGUACCCAUGAAGAGGGCACCACUAGCAAUGCGAUUCGUUGCGAUGUGUGUCGAAUUGUGGAACUCAGUCGACAGCACAACCUGACGAUUACGUUUGUGGGGGACAGCAUGCAGGCGCAGGUGUGGCAAGGGCUCAUUUAUGAGCUGCAGCGUCGCCAAUACAGAACCAAGAUGUUGAACAACUGGACCCAGAAUGAGGGGUUCUGGAAAACAAAGAUACAAUAUCGAGAAACACUUCAGAUACAAUCUGCUUAUUGGGAUACUACCGGUACAGAUCAUAGCCCACAUGUCACCAUGAACUUCUUCCAGGUGUACAUUCUCCCGUUUCAGCAUACGUUUGAAAUGGAAGAAGUUGCAGAUUCGGGUGAAGUCUUGAUCCUUGGGUGGGGAUUGCACUGGAACUCAGAUAACCCCCAACAUCCCCUCAGUCUCCCAAGUGCUUAUGUUUCGGCCAUGAAAGGUUUUCUUUCAUUCAUACGCCACAAUGGCACCAGGACACAACUAUUGGUCCACAGGGAAACUUCAGCGCAACAUUUUGAUGCUAUAGCAGGCGACUACUCUAAAUGGUCUCAAACCCCCAACAAAGUGCAGGAGUGCAGACCAAUCGGUUUCCACGCCGAACUUUCAACAUGGAGAGAACGGUGCGUGAAAGAGGCAGCGUUACAGGCUGGGUAUCACUACAGGGUGGCUGAUACCAGCAUGCCUCCGAUACUUCAUACUGGUAGCAGUCAAGGAAACAACGGUAGAAGCGCUAUCAACAAGGAGCUGGUCCAACAAAACGCAACAUCGCUCCACCCGAGAAAAGAGCUACUUGUGCUUCCUUACUACAACUUUACUGCGCCGCAUUACGACCAACACCCCCCUGAAAAGGAGGCUGACUGCACUCAUUACUGUCCUAGCCCGUUUCUGUUUCUUCCGUUGUGGAGAUCCUUACGCAUAGUCAUGGAUAGACAAUAUGGAUAG